CACGUGAGUCGUGCUAAUUACUAAUUAGUCACACGUGGGGUUGAAGGAGAGAGGAGCUACGUUGCAGCUGUGAACGACAAGAUGACACCGCCCAAAAAUCCACAUUCUUGCCCACUUUGUGGUAACACAUUUUCCUUUCUUGGAAGCCAUCUUGUGAAUUUUCACAAGAUAAAAAAUAUUAAAGAAAAGCAACUGCUACUCAGUUUAGCAAGUGGGCGCAUUUGUAUUAGGAAGAUGUCAUGUCCGGUCGAGGCUUGCAAUUAUGCACAGUCUCGGCUGGACAAACAUUUGCAAUGUGCCCAUCCUGAAUUGUCGCGAGAGGAUGUCAAAGACAUGACAGAGACUCUGAAGCGCCAGGCUGGUAUAAAUGGACUCAGAGCUUUGCGGGCUACCAACCCAACCCCACCACUUGUGUCCAGCCUGGAUGUGGAGCCCCAGGAGUGGGACGAGCAAGUUAUCCGCAGAUCUGCAGCAGCGGGAUCGAGCACCGGAGAGAAGGAGCUCCGAGUAGGUGGAGGAUUGGGCUGCAGCCACAAGAAAACGAGAAGAGGCAAAAAAAGGCAGAAGGACAGCAGCCAUCAAGCUGCUGAGCAUCCAUCGAGUGACGUCACCGUUGCUCUUGAGAGGCAGCUAGAAUGUUUUGAGGAGCAAGUGACGAUUUUAAAGGAAGUUCUCUCAGCCAGCGGGAGUUCAGAGAGGGUGGAGCUGCUGAGAGGUCACGCCGACAAAGAAGUGUGCGCACUUGUUCUGUCCCUCCUUGAUAAGGUGGUAACAGAGACUGAGCUGAACUUUCUGGAUGAACACAAAAAGCUGCAGAGCAAACAUGAAAAGCAGGUAGCUGAUCUUACGCAAAGGUUUCAGGCAGAACAAGAGACCUUGAAGGACAAACUGCGGCAGUUCGCGGCUGACCUGCAAGCCUUCAAUGAUUUGAAGAUACGUGUUGAAGACUCAACCUUCAAAAAGAAUUUGGAACUAAAUAUUAUGGAACAUGGAAGCCCAGGUGCAUUCUGGGAGGCCGAGCAGGAGUCUUUGAUCUCUGUGAUUGAGAUGAAGGGGGAGCGUCUGCAGGAGCAAAGCAGGAAGCUGGAGAGGAUGGAUCAACUGGUGGAACGAAAUGUGUCUCUGGAGGCCCAGAUCGUCCAGGUCCUGCAGCAGAACAAGGACCUGGAGGUCCAGAUAGAAAGCUUCCAUACCCUCAUUCAGCAGUUUUUGAAGGAGCAGCAGGACCUGAAGGUGGCCCUGGAGACACAGAGGGCAGUAAAUGAGAAUCUUAAACAGGAAAAAGAGCAGUUGAUUUUGCAACUGAGAGACAAAGAUUCAUGUCCAGGGACUCACCUGUAAAUGUAUUGCUCCAUCUUCUGGG